CUACUUCUGCAGCUCCUACGACAACGGCAGCUCCUGCGACAACUGCAGUUCCUACGACAACUGCAGCUACUAUGACAACUGCAGCAACUACUACAACUGAAGCUACGACAACAACCACACCUUCCACUACAGCUACAACUGACGGUCCGACAACAACCACACCUACUACGACAGCUACAACUGAAGCUCCUACGACCACUAAAACGACAACUGCUGCUCCUGCGACAACUGGAGCACCUACUACGACCACUGCAGCGCCUACUAUGACAACUGUAGCUCCCACAACAACUACUUCUGCAGCUCCUACGACAACUGCAGCUCCUGCGACAACUGCAGUUCCUACGACAACUGCAGCUACUACGACAACUGCACCUACUACGACAACUGCAGCACCUACUACGACCACUGCAGCGCGUACUACGACAACUGUAGCUCCCACAACAACUACUUCUGCAGCUCCAUCGACAACUGCAGCUCCUGCGACAACUGCAGUUCCUACGACAACUGCAGCUACUACGACAACUGCACCAUCUACGACAACUGCAGCACCUACGACAACUGGAGCACCUACUACGACAACUGCAGCACCUACUACGACCACUGCAGCGCCUACUACGCCAACUGUAGCUCCCACAACAACUACUUCUGCAGCUCCUACGACAACUGCAGCUCCUGCGACAACUGCAGUUCCUACGACAACUGCAGCUACUACGACAACUGGAGCACCUACUACGACAACUGCAGCACCUACUACGACCACUGCAGCGCCUACAACGACAACUGUAGCUCCCACAACAACUACUUCUGCAGCUCCUACUGCAGCUACUACGACAACUGCACCAUCUACGACAACUGCAGCACCUACGACAACUGGAGCACCUACUUCUGCAGCUCCUACGACAACCUCAACUGCAACACCUUCUACAACUGCAGCUCCUACAACCACUAUGACUGCAGCAACUACUACGACAACCACAACUGCACCUACUGCUACAACUACAACUGCAGAUCCUACUACAACAUUAGUUGUAGUUUCAAGCACUGCAGCAGUUGAACCUGCAACAACUGUAGGUCCUACUACAACAACUGUAGCUCCUAAAACAGCUACAACUGCAGCAACUACUACAACUGAAGCUACGACAACAACCACACCUUCCACGACAGCUACAACUGACGCUCCUACAACAACCACACCUACUACGACAGCUACAACUGAAGUUCCUACGACCACUACAACAGCAGGACCUGCAACAACAACUGCAGCUCCUGCGACAACUGGAGCUCCUGCGACAACUGCAGCUACUGCAACAACUGCAGCUCCUACGACAACUGCAGCACCUACAACGACAACUGCAGCACCUACGACCACUAUGACUGCAGCAACUACUACGACAACCGCAACUGCACCUACUGCUACAACUACAACUGCAGAUCCUACGACCACUACAACAGCAACACCUGCAACUACUACGACAACUGCAGCACCUCCUACGAUAGCUGCAGCUUCUGCGAUGUCCAAAACAGCUCAAACAAUGACAACUGCCGAUCCUACAACAAUAUUUGUUGCUCUUACGACAAAUAUAACUGGAGAACUUAAAGCAACAUCUGUAGCUCCUUCAACAAUACUAUAUGUAGCUCCUACAACUACUACAACUGAAGCUCCGACAACAACAACAACUACUACGACAGCUACAACUGCAGCACCUACAAUGACAACUGCAGCUUCUAUUACAACUGCAGCACCUACUAUGAUAACUGCAGCACCUAUUACGACAACUGCAGCACCUAUUACGAAAACUGUAGCUCCUACAACAACUACUUCUGCAGCUCCUACGACAACUGCAGCUCCUGCGUCAACUGCAGUUCCUACGACAACUGCAGCUACUACGACAACUGCACCAUCUACGACAACUGCAGCACCUACGACAACUGGAGCACCUACUAUGACAACUGCAGCACCUACUACGACCACUGCAGCGCCUACCACGACAACUGUAGCUCCCACAACAACUACUUCUGCAGCUCCUACGACAACGGCAGCUCCUGCAACAACUGCAGUUCCUACGACAACUGCAGCUACUACGACAACUGCAGCACCUACGACAACGGCAGCACCUACGACAACUGGAGCACCUACUACUACAACUGCAGCAUCUACUACGACCACUGCAGCGCCUACUACGACAACUGUAGCUCCUGCGACAACUGCAGUUCCUACGACAACUGCAGCUACUACGACAACUGCACCAUCUACAACAACUGCAGCACCUACGACAACUGGAGCACCUACUACGACAACUGCAGCACCUACUACG